AUGCCGAAAACUACACCCAAACGACCGCGUUGUACUAAUUUUACUCCCGGCGAAGAGAAUACGUUGGUGGCGUUGGCUGUUAAGCACGCGACCGUUUUGGAAUGCAGAAAAUCCGAUCACGAUGUUUGGGGAGCCAAAACCGAGGCAUGGAGUCAAAUCCAAAAACAGUUUAUUGCCUCAACAGGCAAAGUUAGAGACGUACAAAAUCUGAAAGAUAAGUAUGAAAAUUUGAAAAGAAAAACCAAAAAAGUUGAGUCGGACAGAAAGAAAAAUAUCUUCCAAACAGGAGGUGGAGCAAGUACAAGUUGUUCUGUCAAGACCUCAGCUUCGCAUAAUAUGAUGCUUGCAGUUUUAGGGGUGUCAGCUGUAGGGUUACACAAUCCUUUUGACGGAGAUAAACCAGGGAAAUCAUUAAUUAAUCCUGAAAUGAUAGGAAAUAUUGAUGAUGGUGAGGAUAAUGUUAUAGUAGUCAAAGAUGGUGGUGAAAUGGAGUUGGACAUGAGUAGCAACAUGGAAUAUAUACAAGUGCAUAUGGGAUCGGAUGAUGAAAUGGAUAUGCCAAGUGUUGCAGUACUUGUGGAAGAUUUACCAGUUCAACCUUCGUGGACCAAGUGGAAUCCUGAACUACUAACACAACCAAAAAGUACUGAGUUGCUAACCCCUCUUUCAUCAAAAAAAACCAUAAAAACUACGUUAGGGGAAAGUGUAAAACAGUACUCUUUAGGGAAGCUAGAGUUAAUUAAUGAACAAAAAAAAUACUUCCAAAAUGAAGAUAGGAGAGCUCAGGAGAAGCAUGAUGCUGAGCAAUUACAAGCUAAAGAAAAGCAAAUGUUGGAGAAAAUUAAAAAUAAACUGGUGAUUGAAAAAUUACAGCUUGAAAUCAAUGACCUUAAAAAAAGAUCUAAAGAUUAA